CGCCACAAACAAAUAACGAAUGCAAACUGAGAAGAUUAUCUAUAUAAAUUAGCGGUGGUUAAAAUCGAAUUUAACAGACAUUUGAGACUAUGGCCACAGAGUUUAUACUGUCUUAAACACCGCCUUCUCACGCAAUACGUUCAUACGUCCAUAAACGAACAAACUGCGAUAUUCUCAACAACAAAAUGUCCUCUUCGAUAUGUCCACACUUCACGCAAAAUGCGUGGAAAAAGGAUCUCUGUUCAAAUUGUUUCAAGUCCAAAGAUGAACACAAGCCCGGCAAUUCGACAUACACAUCUAAAUACUCUAGCGCCAUGGAUAGAUCAAAAUUCACCUCGAAUUUAUUAUCUAAAACUGAUUUGGAUAGCAAAAAGACUGAUUACCCAAACAAAAAUAAAUCACCCGUAAGAAGCAUCAUGAAGAAGUCUUUUGCCUCGCUAAAAUCUAAAAGCAGUAAAGGCAAAACGCAUAAGGUCUCCUUUCCGAAGAAUAUCUCUGAAGUUAUUGGCGUCGGCGGCGAAUGGUCGGACAAUGAUUCUGAUGACGAUGAUGAUCAUGAUUUCAUGAAUAUCGGCAAUGAGCGCGACGACAAUGCCGCCACUAGCACCGACGACGAGGAGACGCUCGAGUUGAAUCGCAUCACACGUGCCAAUACCGAUUUCAAUAUGAACAAUGGCAAUUUGCUUGGCGAUCCACAGGAGAACAUUAAGCGUUCGUUUGCCGCGCUAAAACUUGGUGCCCCGCAAGUCGACAAAGAGGGCAAAAAACAAACGCUCAAGAUAAAUGUUAUGCCAUUUGGAGUCACAGCGUCUACUGAUAGCCCAAAGGCGGCGUCUUCGAUUACCUCCACAACUGCGAAGGCUAAAUUUGAGACGAGAACUAAUGAACCGAGUGAACAAACGGUGGUCAAACAGUGUGCAACUGUUGUUAAAUCUAUAAAGAAAGCAACGACAGCUACAACAUCGGCUACAAUAGCGUCAACGACCGCAACAAAGAUAACAACAACAGCUGCAACAACUACGACCAAAACAGUAACGUCCCACAUAGUUUCCAGCGCUAGCAGUUUAUUGAGCGCGCAAGCCAAGCAAGAAGCCUUGGCGGCGGGCGAUAGUGAUGGCAAGAAUAGUCCGCCCAUUGAACGGGCUAUGGAAAAGUCAUUACUGGACGAAAUAUCUGAAACGCUCGAAAAGAAACAGAGCGAAUGCAAGAAAUUGGCUAGCGAAAAGGAGGUGAGCAAUGCCACUAUCACUAACAGCAACACAAGCGCAACCAAUAACACAAACAGCGGAGUAAGCACAGCCGCAACCACAAACACAUCGUCAAAGAUUAAAUUCGAGAUUAGCAGCUUGAGCGAUGCCGUGGAGAACAAGCCAUUUCCUGAGCUUAAGAAGCCGAUCGCACGCAAUCCACCAAUUACAAAGGAUCAUGCUAAACCCAAAAUAAAUGUUUUCCAUAAAUACUCGGAUAGCGACAGCAAUUGUUCGGACAACGAAAAUGGCAUCUCAGCAUACUACGAUGUUGUCGAAACACAAAUAAGCUACGAGAAUCUGCCAGACGGCAAAUGCGAUGCAAAAGAUAAGCCUGCCAUUGUCGGAUCUACAGUCCCAACAGCAACAGUAGAGAAAAAGUGCAAUAAGAAUGCAUCCAACACGAACGACACUUCCAUUUUCUCCAGCUCCCAAUACAUCACCGACAUGCUGUUGUCAUCGAAGACACGCGCUGCCUCGUACAAUCUGCAUGAAGGCAACUUUAUGACCAGCAAAAUAACGUCUGAUGGGCUUAUUGUGACCAAGUGCAGCUCGGAUGAUGCGCUUGAUUCGACGGGCAGCAGUUUUGAUGGCAGCAGCGACGAGGAGACUUCAUACAAUAUGAUACGUAGUGAAUCGGACUCUGGCAUCGGCAUCAGCAUUGGCAAUGAAUACAAGAACUGCGGCGCCGAAAAGGAACGCGUGCAUGUUGAGAAAAAACUGAGUGUAAGUACCAACAACUCGGACUACGAGGACAUACAAGUGGCCAAUCAAACAAGCACAGCAAAUAAAACUCUUCCGGGCAAUAAUGCGAAAACAAAAACAACAGCGGCUGCAAAAACCGCUUUCAUUUUGGAGAAAAGCAGAGAAUUGCAUGGUGAGCCAGACGGCAGCGCGGAUCCAGAUGGAAGCUUGGAAAAAAAAGAGGCAAAUACCGCGCCGCAGCAGUCACAGCUGCCUGCAUUGCCUAAAUCACCACCACCUACGAAGCUCAUUGAUGCGCGCCCCUCAUUUCUACAUGGUUUACAAAAGCAGCACCCUCCCAUUUUACUGAAGAAACCAGAUCUACCAGCAAAACCAGUGGUGUCACCAACCUGUACGCCGCUGAAAACAUUUGUCAGCAAGCGCACACCGACAAAUGCGGAACAACAAGUGAUCAAUCAGUUACAUUUGGUGAUGUCAAAAUCCAACGAAAAUCUAAACUUGAGCGUAGUGACGCUAGACGCUAUGAAAGAUGAUGCCAAACUAAAGAAAGGCCGAGCGCCAAAUCCGCCGCCUGAACAGAAAACAAGCGCACCACCAACGCCAGAACGCGACUACAAUGCCGCGCUAGAAUUCGAUCAGACUAGCGCAUCAUCAACCAAUGUUGCAGUGGAAGAAACGAUUUCCCAAAAAGUCGCAAGCGCGGAACAACAAUCAGCGCCGACAAUAGUCCAAGCGCAAGCAGAAUCAAAAUUUAUUAAUGAUCACAACGUUGAUGUGAAGAAGUCAAACGAUCGAGCGGAAGCUGACAAAUUGAACAUAGCAACUUGUCAGUCAACCAGUGAACUAACGACAACAGCAAUUGCCGCCAAAACUUCCGCAACCCCUGCCACCAACGCUGCAGUAACGAACACAUCCAGCAUUUAUAACCGCAAAGCAAUACCAACAACAACAAAUAAUACCAACAGCAAUAAUACGAAAAACGCCAAAAACGCCUCAUCGCCAGUGAUACGUGAGAAGGACAAACGUGAACGCGCUACAGUCAAUCCCAAGUUCCGUAGCCUUAACACAUUCGCAACGCAACGCAGCAAUGCGCUGAAGAACAUGCAACUACAAUCGGCCACAUCAUCGUUGAGUCUCAAGCAAACGCUCACCCCUGAGCCCUUGCCGAAGAAUCAUAAGAGCCUAUCUUUGUCCGAAGAGUGUCUAGCUGAUGUGACACAAACCAAUACGACGGUGAAUCUGCCAACAUUGCCGGCGACAAGUGACAAGAAGUUGACGGCACAACAACAACAGCAGCCGCAGCAGCAACACCAAACACCGCCACAAAAGACCAAAACGAAAUUUUCGAUCAAGAAAUUCUUGCGCAUGGGUGCCAGCAAAACGACGGACAAUCUGCACAAGAAGGACAGCAUCUACUCGGAGAUUUGUACUGGCGAGGAAGCCGGUGUGGUGGGUAAGCCACGCCUGGUGAUUAUUCAUCCGAUCGACAUUAAUCCGACAGCAGUAGAAGUAGUCAAAGACAUAACGAAGACCAGUGAUGCGGUGGCAGCCCAAACAGUGGCCGUGGUGACAGCCAAGCCACCGGCACCACCUCUCCGCAACAUAGAUACGCAACGUUCACACGAGCUAAACAAACCGGCACGUCCGCCGCCACCAAAGAGUGCAGAGCUACGCCGGAAGCAGGCAAUCAUUGGGUUGAAUGCCGUACCGAUGACGGUGACGGACGCACCGAUUGGCCGCAAGGCAAGCAGCAUAACUGCCAGUGAAGCAGGUGGCUCUAUGAAAUGCAAGUCGGAUAAUGUUUAUGCCAAUUUAGGCGAAAUUCGCUCAUCGAUUGCACCGCGCAAGCCAGAACGUACGGCCAGCAUGCGUGAGCGUGAGGCACAGUUGGAAUUGGCACGUAAACGACACGCCGGAGCGCGUAAUGAAAACGCCGAUACUAUCUCGAUUUGCUCGUCAAACGGUGAUAAUGUAUCGUUCGAACACAACAGCACUAACAACAACCACUUACACACUUCAAUCAAUCCCAAUGGUGCAACCGCCGCCAAUAAUAGCAACAACAACAAGCGUAACACGAACGGUAAUAGCUCAGCCACAUUAAGUCCACAACUAUCACCGGCCGAUAGAGCUGUCACGCCCACAACGCCACUGGGUGAUGGCAAACCACCAACCGGCAGCCGUACGAGUACCUUUGAACGUCGUAAGAGUGACCCAAAAAUUGCAAUCGCAAAUAAAUUGGAAAUUUUCGAAAAUCGCACAACUAGCAACAACAAUUCUGGUAACAACACACCUGUAACGAACGGUGCCAUGACAUCCAUCAACCACAACGAAGGGCGGCCGACUAGUUUGAAAGAUUCGGUGCGUAAAAUUAACAGUACUAUCGACAGCUACUUGAAGGACAAACGCGACUACGAGAAUAUGUAUGAAAUGGUGAAGAGUCCUUCAUCGCCCCCACUGCCACCAACACGCUCGGUUGAUUUAAUAGCCGGUCAGCGUUUGCUGCCGCCACGUCGCAAUAAUAACAAUAAUAGCAACCUUUAUUCGGAUACGAUGUCGGUGACGAGCUACACACGCAGCGAAUAUGGGCCGGGUCGCAACUUCGGAUUGAACAAUAGUUUAGCCAACAUUCCACGCAUUAUUUCAGCUUCAUAUUGUGGCAGCGAGGUGGGCGAAUUUGAAAUUUACGCGCCCUACAGUUAUUAUGGCAGCGAGGCAGGCGGUGAUGUAGCUACUGACAUCAAUGACAGCGUAUGGGGCAUACCAUCGGCCAUCAAGCAUCGUACUAAGGCUACAAAUCGUUUGCGUAUGCGCAAAGGGCGCAGUGUUGUACAUAAAACCAUAGAAGAUAAUUAUACCGCAGUGGUUGUGGCUAACCACGAGGCCUUGGCGCAAGUUCUGGAUCAGCUCCAGCAAACUCCCGUCAUACCACCCGCACUGCGGCCCCUAGCUAAUGCCAUCAAUUUGCGCUUCGAGGAUUUCACCAUACUGGAUGGCGCACAGGCGUUUGUGGUUGGCAAGAAAGCCUUCCAUGCGGCUCUCUGGACCACAGCACCCGUCACUUUGGCGCUUUCGGCCGACUGUAAUCAGCUUUCAGGUGUUGGCGGUGAACUGAAUCAGCUAUCUGGUGGCGUCUGCGGUGUACUUAAUCCAAUUACAGAAUUUUGCGAUUUGGUACCCAGCUACCACUUGCCCCUGAUACCCUCGACCGCAGUGACUCUGCUACAAGCUACGAUUUCUGUACUGCCACGAUUGCAAUUGGAUACGCUGCAGUCGAUUGGCGCCAUACUUAAGGGCAAAUCGCAGGUGCUGGACAAAAGCAACUUCAAUUUCCGUGGCUCCAUACCAAAUUUGGCCGCUGCCGGGUUGAAGGAUAGCCCCAGUGUGAAUGCAUUGCGAAAUGUGGUGUCAGUACAGAAUCUGAGCACCUUGAAUGAGGAGUCGUCCCUAGAGAAGAGUGGCGGUGUUUCCUUAGAGGCAGCGGGCGAUAGCGCCACUACGGCGGGCAUGCCGGCAUUUGACGAUGUUAUGACACGGGAAGUGGCCUUCAUAAUGCUACAGCUGGUUAAUGGCAUGAAGAAUUUGCAGGGCAAAGCGAUCGAGGAGAUGCCGUUGAGCUUAUCGAAUGUGGUACUAUCCAAGGAUGUGGAAAAUAAGGAUGCGCAGGCACGACUCUGCGUGUUGCAAGGCAACAACAAUGAAGAGGACGAACCCAUGGGUACACUUUGCAAGUGUGCACACAUCGCACUUACCGAGCUUUUGCCGGCUACCAAGAUUACACCCAUUGUGGCUGAUAUACUUUUGCAAGAACGCGCCGAAUCACUAUCCAGGUCCAAAUCGGUCUUGGAGUUUGUGCUUUGGGGCCCAUCAGAUGUGGUGCUCUCUGGCUCGACUAAAGAACGCGAGCUUGCACUGCAGCGUUGGUUAGAUCUGGAACGUGCCACUGUACUGCAUGGGCUAGUGCGUACACGUGUCGAGCUGACUGUCUACGAUGAAUGCCAUUUAAUGUUCUUGGUGCGCUCGACGGCGAAAAUGAUGAACGAUGCGGCGAAAAUUGUAUGCAGCUACCAACAGCCGUUGGCGGAGAAAAUACAGCAUCAACAGCAUGGGGAAUAGAGCUUAGUAAUAGAUGAGUAAUUUUUUUUUUUUUUAAUUGGCUGAAGAAGUUUGUUGUAAUGUGGAUUUAGGAAUGCUUCUUAAAUGGGAGGGGGUUUUUAAGGUGUCACCAGUAAAAGCAGCAAUAUCGUGAAAAGACUUGUGGCAUAGGUAGCUUUAAAUCCUUAGAACGCGUUGAUAAUUCGGCAAAAAAUUGGAUAUACAGUGAUUUUCCAAUGUCAUGCCAGCAUCGCAAAACUUCAUAUUGCAGCAAUGUUGUGCAGCCUUAACAUCAGAAACUACUGCUGGGCAACAAAGCUAAAGUCUACGCUAGGCCUUGCUGUCAAAUGGAUGAACCAAUUGCUACUUACUUUAAUUUUGUCAUUUUCAUAUGACUCGUUCGUAGAUUUCCAUAUUUUGCUUUUAAGAUACAUUCCCCAAGCAACAAUGUUGAUAGGCACAUGUUUGCAGCAACAUUGAUUAUAAAUAUUGUUUAGGCGAGUUCAGACACAGGCAACAAAUGUUGAGCAACGUUUGCCAGCAAUAAAUUAACUGAUUGCUGUUGCAUAAAUUUUCAAUAUUAAUUAUUGGGGUUGCCUACAAAGAACUUAAAUAUAGAACUUUUGUAACUUGAUGCAAUAUAUUUUAAAGCAGUAACGCAGCAUCGACUGCCGUCGGAACGUAAAGCAGCUCGUAUAAUUUGCUGCCAUUUAGUUUCCGAGAUUUGUGAAUAAAUUUUAGCAUCCCAUUUGUUUACCAACGGCAUCGUGAAGGCCCUUGGAAAAUCCAUUUAAUUGCUAAAAAAGAGUGUAUACUUACAUGACAGAAAAAAUAACAACGACAAGAUAAUUUCCUCUUUUUCGUUUAUUAGCCGAUUAUUUAGAAGAAACUAAUUCUUAGCAUUAAAUACUUCGAAAAAUUGUUUAGCUGCCUUAAAUUGUUUAGCAUUCAAAUACCUGGCUUAUGGAAAGUGCCAAAUUUCCAAAACUAAAUAUCAAAAACAUAAGCAAAGUAGGUAUGUAUGUACAUAUGUCAUAACAGAAUAAAAAUUCAAUAAAACAUAAAUUAAAAAAUGCUCUCUCGUUGUCAAAAACUAAUGUGUAACUUAUAUUUUCCACAUACAAGUAGUUGCAAUACAACAUUUUUGUAAAAAUCUUAAUAACAUUGUAAUUAAAGUGUUUUCUUUCUCUUACAUUAUUUUUCACCUUUUUCAUAUGUUUAUAAAAUAUCUAUAGUUUUAUACUCUCAUUCGUUUCUUAUGCAAUAUUCAACAUAUUUUUAAUUUUUGUUUUUUGGGUUCGAAAAAAGUCUACAUUUAAAUAAAUUUACAUAUGCAGAAAUCUUCGAAAACAAAAACAUAUUUGAAGAACAAGUGUAUGUAAUUGAGAAAUUUUAUUGUACCGUUACAUAUUGUAUAGAUUAAGUUGGUGUUUGAA